GUACAAAGAUUUCCGGUAGUAACCUUGUACAUACAAUGUUUUACGGAGCAUGGCUUCAGGAAUAGGGAUGUUACGUAAAACAGACGUAACCAUCAAUUUAACCCAACCACGCUUUGUUCGCGGGAGUCACGUGAUUAUUGUUUUUUUUUACGUAUUGCUUGGAGUUAUCUUGCCGCGAUAUUUCAGCUUCGAAAGGUCUACAGCGAGGAGCAACGAGUUCUUCAACAAUUUCCUUAAAGUGUGUUUUGAGACUGUCCGCCCCGGUUUCCUGCUCUCCGGAGGCCUCGGCCUGGUUUAGGUAAUCCCAGAGAAGAACCGUAUAGCUCGCAGUUUAUCCGCAUCCGGCUCACACAAGUUAUACGGGGUACAUCAGCAAGCUUUUGUGGCACGAAAUAGAACACACAGCUUCUUGCUGUCACCAGGGUCCUGUGUCUCUACCCUCCGGCACACGUUAACGAUGGUUCUGCUGAAAGACCUCCAUCCUCCCACCGAGGGAGUGCGGCACGAGCAAGCCGAGACCAUGGCGGUGAUGGACGGCCAGAAGCUGGGCUGCGGCACGCUGUACGUCGCAGAAACGCAGCUGUCAUGGUUUGAUGGCUCGGGGCUGGGAUUCUUUCUGGAUUAUCCCAACAUCGGCCUGCAUGCCAUCUCCAGAGACGUCAGCGCUUACCCACAGGAGCACCUGUACGUCAUGGUCAACGGCAAGAUCAAAGGGGAGAAUGUGGUAGAAAUGGCAGAGAAAGCCGGGGAUGACGAAGAAGACAACAGCAGUGACAGUGGUGAUGAAGAUGAAGAAGGAGUGAUCACAGAGAUCCGUUUUGUGCCCAGCGACAAGGUGGCAUGUGAGUGACCACGCUGAGCCUGAGGGCCACACUGAUGC